CCUAUUGGUUCCCAGACAAACUGCAUUUCAUUUCAGGACAAGGAAUUCAGGCCGCUUGAUUGGCUGCUCGCCACUGCGUGAUUUGGCGCGUCGAUCGAUCGAAGAUCCAUUCCAGGAGGCGAUGGCCACGGAGGAGUCGCCGCAACUGUUCCUGUGCCCGAUCUCCAUGGAGCUGAUGGAGGACCCCGUCACGGUGUCCACCGGCGUCACCUACGACCGCCGGAGCAUCGAGCGGUGGUUCUUCAAGUACGGCAAGACCACGUGCCCGGCCACCAUGCAGCGCGUCGCCUCGUUCGACCUCACGCCCAACCACACCCUCAAGCGCGUCAUCGCCUCCUGGCAGGACCGCGCCUCCACCUCCUCCUCCUCUAGCCCCGCGGACGCGCUCAAGCCGAUGCCGCGGGAGCGGCUGCCGUCAGUGCUCGCCGGCAUUGAGGGCACGCCGUUCAAGGUCACGGCGCUCAAGGGCCUCAGGCUCUGCAUGGCCGCGGACCAGGCGGCGCGGGAGGAUUUCGUGGCCUGUGACGGCAUCCAGGUGCUCGGCCGCGUCAUGGCGCAGGCGCUGGCGGAGAGCGGCGCCGGCGGGGACUUCUCGGCCUUCCGGACGUGCGAGGAGGCCGCCGCCGUCCUCGCCACGCUCCCGCUGUCAGACGAGGAGUCGGUGGACCUGGUGCUGAGGCCCGAGUGCAUGAGGCCCAUGGUCGCGCUCGUCCAGCGCGGCAGCGCCGAGGCGAGGCUGCACGCCAUGUCCAUCCUCGCCAAGGUCUCCGAGGCCAGCGGCGCCCGCAACUGGACCGAGGACGUCGACGUCGACGACAUGGUCAAGUCCCUACUCGACCUGCUCUCCGACGGGGCCUCCUCCAAGCUCAGCUCCCGCGCGCUCGACGUGCUCAUCGACGUCACGGCGCGCUCGCGCUCGAGGGGCGGCGCACGGCGCGGCAAGGGCGUGGUGGAGGUGGGGGCCGUGCGGGUGCUCGUGGAGCUCCUCCCGGAGGCCGACCGGCACGUCGCCGAGCGGGCGCUCCUGCUCCUGAAGCGGCUGUGCAAGUGCCCCGAGGGCCGGCUCGCGUUCGCGGAGCACGGGCUCGCCGUGGCGGCCGUGGUGCGGACGACGCUGCGGGUGUCCGGCCUGGCCACGAGGCUGGCGGUCAACGUGCUGUGGCUGGUGUCGUGCGCGGCGCGGCCCACGGAGAGGGUGCUGGACGACAUGGUGGCGAGCGGCGGCGUGGCGAAGCUGCUGGCGCUGCUGCAGGCGGACAGCUCGCCGUCGACCAAGGAGAAGGUGGCGAGGAUGCUCAGGGUGCACGGCGCGUUCUGGAGGCAGUACCCUUGCAUCCCCGCCGACCUCAAGGACUACCUCAAAUUUCUCAAGUGAUCUAUCAGUCGAUCGGCAAGUGUACAGAGAGGCGGGAGGAUGAAAUGUUGUUUGAUAGGGAAGAUUGAAAUCCGAUCCAUGCGUUGAGCAUGAGCAUGCGUGUACAGAUUAAACGUGCGCUCAAAUUGAUUUGAUAGUGGUUUUUUGAUC